CUCUCUAUCAUUGCUUCUCAACUACCUCAUGGAACAUUAACAUUCCUAAAAAAAAAACUGCAAAAAACCAUAGUAACAUUCCCUAUAGACCAACCCCAAAAAAUAAUAUAACAAUAACAAUUUCACAUUAAUUCUUCUUCUUGCCUGGUUUGGACUCGUUCCACACCAAUCCAGGUAGGUUUGUACAAUCAUUUCAACAAAACUAAUAACCCAUUUAUUUUGGCGUACAGGAAAUUAAUCACAUCUUACCAUUUCUCAACUUGUCACCCAAAAAAUUUAAUUUUUUUUUAAUUUAUUUUCCUGUACGCCUAAAUAUUGCAUGAUAAUAUUUUUGUUUGUAUGAAUAAAAAAGUGAUGAUGCAAAAGAGUAUAUGUCUGUUGCUUAUUAUCUAUAUACCAAUUUUGUUGAAUACAAAAAGCAUCAAUGGUGAAUCAUUGACAUUAGGAUGUGGAUUAAGUGAAAGUGGUGGCAAAGAUGCUGAUGGAAGACAAUGGAAUCAAGAUAACAAAUAUUUUUCAGGUGGAAAUUCCAUUACAUCAAAAGCUUCAUUUCAAGAUCCUUCUCUUUUAUCAGAAAUUCCAUACAUGACAGCACGUAUUUUCACAUCUGAAUCAACCUAUAAAUUCCCAAUUGAACCUGAUAAACGUUAUUGGUUAAGACUCCAUUUUUAUCCAUCUGUUUACAACACUUUCAACCCUUCAGAUUCAUUUUUCUCUGUCACAGCAAAUGAUGUUACUCUCCUUAACAAUUUCAGCUCUUCAAUUACAUGUCAAGCUCUCUCACAAGCUUAUCUUGAUAGAGAAUAUUCUCUUGCACCUUUGAAUUCAGAUACUCUUACUCUUACCUUUAAGCCUAAUUCUAAUGGUGGUGCUUUUGCUUUUAUAAAUGGUAUUGAACUUAUUCAAAUGCCUGAUUUGUUGUUUGAUUCACCUUCAUUGGUUGGUUAUGCUGACCAAACUGUGGAUGCAAAAAGUUUGCAUUUUCAAACAAUGUUUAGAUUGAAUGUUGGUGGACAAUUUAUAUCUCCUGUUCAAGAUUCUAAUUUGAGUAGAAUGUGGUAUGAUGAUACACCUUACCUUUAUGGUGCAGCAACUGGUGUUACAACCCAAGCUUCUAAGAAUGUUAAAAUUGACUACCAAACAUUGCCUCAAUACAUUGCUCCUAGUAAUGUUUAUUCAACAUCAAGAUCAAUGGGAACUGAUAAGGAUGUUAACAUGGGUUACAAUCUUACUUGGAUUUUUCAAGUUGAUCCAAAUUCAAUGUAUCUAACAAGGUUGCAUUUUUGUGAUUACUAUUAUUCCAAAGUUAAUGAAAUUGUUUUCAAGAUUUUUGUUAAUAAUCAAACGGCUGAGAAUGAAGCUGAUGUGAUUGGUUGGACAGCAGGUAAAGGAGUUCCAACUUAUAAAGAUUAUGUGAUUUAUGUUCAUGAUGAGCCAGGUGAUGAUCAACUUUGGCUUGCAUUGCAUCCAUCAACUGAUACAAAGCCAGAAUACUAUGAUGCUAUAAUAAAUGGUAUUGAGAUAUUUAAACUUAAUGACACCAAUUUGUCUGGACCGAAUCCUCAGCUUUCUGAUAUGAUGAUUGAGCAUCAAGAAAAGGAAAGAACUUUCCAUGACAACAAACAUGAUCAUAACAAGAGUUUUGCUAUUGGUGGAGCUGCUGGUGGUGCUGCUGGUUUUGCAUUAGUAGCUGCAAUAUGUGUUGCUGUCCAUCAAAGGAAGAAGAAAACUCCUGGAUCAUAUACAAAUACAUCAAGUUGGUUGCCUAUUUAUGGAAAUUCACACACAACAGGAACCAAAUCAGGAGGAUCAGGAAAAAGUAGUAGUGGUAACAUAGCCAUGGCUCAAGGAUUGUGUCGUUAUUUCUCUUUACAAGAAAUGAAGCAUGCAUGCAAUAACUUUGAUGAGUCUAAUGUGAUUGGGGUAGGAGGGUUUGGAAAAGUUUACAAAGGUGUUAUUGAUAAUGGUUUUAAAGUGGCUAUUAAGAGAUCAAAUCCACAGUCAGAACAAGGAGUGAAUGAAUUUCAAACUGAAAUUGAAAUGCUUUCAAAGCUUAGACACAAGCAUUUGGUUUCUUUGAUUGGUUUUUGUGAGGAAGGUGAUGAGAUGUGUUUGGUUUAUGAUUACAUGGCUCAUGGCACAAUGAGGGAGCAUCUUUACAAGGGAAAUAAACCAUUAGAUACUUUAUCAUGGAAACAAAGGUUGGAGAUUUGCAUUGGAGCUGCUAGAGGUCUUCAUUACCUUCACACAGGAGCAAAGUACACUAUAAUUCAUAGAGAUGUCAAAACAACAAACAUUCUCCUUGAUGAAAAUUGGGUAGCAAAGGUUUCAGAUUUUGGAUUGUCAAAAACAGGUCCAAACAUGAACAAUGGUCAUGUUAGUACAGUGGUGAAAGGUAGUUUUGGAUAUUUGGAUCCUGAAUAUUUCAGGAGACAACAAUUGACUGAAAAGUCAGAUGUUUACUCGUUCGGAGUAAUUCUAUUCGAGGCACUUUGUUCAAGGCCUGCUUUGAAUCCUAAUCUUCCAAAAGAACAAGUUAGUCUUGCGGAUUGGGUUUUGCUCAACAAAAGAAAAGGAACACUUCAAGAUAUUAUUGAUCCAAAUCUCAAAGGAAAGAUCAAACCUGAAAGCUUGAACAAGUUUGCAGACGCAGCCGAAAAGUGUUUGUCUGAUCACGGACUCGAUCGACCCUCCAUGAAUGAUCUAUUGUGGAAUCUUGAAUUUGCUCUUAACCUACAAGAAAAACAUGAUGGUUCAAGUUCAAAACAACAUUCUCCACAUGCAGAUCAUGAAAGUGAGUUUGAAGAAGUGACCUUGCCACACAAUCACAUGGCUGCACAUUACAAAAACCUUAGCCUUGGAACUGAACAUGACCUUAGUCAUGACUCAAGUGAAAAUUCAACUGCCAUUUUCUCUCAAAUUGUCAAUCCCAAAGGCCGAUGAUGACCAAAAAUUUCUUAGGAUUAUUGUUUUGUUUUAGGAAAUUAGAGCUUCAUUCUUUAAGGAAGCCAUGGAAUUCUAGAAUACAAAACCAGCUUUUAGAGUAUACAAUUUUGUCUAUAGAACAGUACUAUUGUAUAAGAAGGUGGAAAAUUCAAGUUCACCUAUCUUAAUAUUAUGUGUAUUUUAUCAUAUUUGUUUAUGU